AUGGCGCCCGAAGGAGCUUCUGUGUCCAACAAGCCCCGGCUCGUCUCCUUCUCGGCAUUCCGAGGCUUUGACCCCUCUGAUUUGAUGGAACGCUAUGUACGGCAGGUCAUGACUCUCAUCCACGCGCAAACCAGGUCAGACGGAAUCGUACUGGACCUAUCCCACUGCGUCCUCAUCAAGGACUCGCACCUGGUCCACCUGCUCGCGGAGGACUCACCCUUCGUACCGUCGCCCAAGGUCACUGCCAGCAGAACAAAACUCGUCGGCGUCAAACUCGACUUCUGCAACCUCAUCACCGACAAAGGCCUCACCGCGCUACUUACCGCGCACCUGCCGCACAUCCGCCUACUCUCGCUGCGCUGCGUCAGAUCCGAGAAAUUCACCGGGGCACCCUUUGCGCAAGCCUUGUCCCCCGACCUCUGGCCGAAACUCAAGUGCGCGCUCGUGGACUUCUCUUCCAUUACUCUCGAAGCAUGCAAUGCCGUUGUAGAAAUGCUCGCGAGCCGGCGCCUGGAAUCUACCUCGCCCGUCUCGCAAGAGGACGUCUCUAAAGGUCCUCCCUGGUUCUCUUUCCUCGGCUCACAAGCAUCCAAGUCCUACAUGGAGUCCAUCGGAGCGCGCCACCUGGUCGCGAGACUAAACCAGGCUUUAAACUCAGGGAAUCCUUCUGACUUGAGGUCUCUCAAGGACGCGGCCGACACCGAGAGCCUCAUGACCGACUACGGCCCGCUUGCUGAAUACGUCAGUGGGCGCGGUGGUCAAUAUAUAAUGAAUUUGCCAGUGACUUCCUGCACGUCCGAGGAAGGGGGAGUGAAUGUCUGGACCCUCCCCAUCAGCUUGGCAUUGCUCAACGGAGAUCCAGCUUUUGUCGAAGCCCUGGUUGAAUGCGGGGCAGAAGUGGAUAUCGUUGAUCAUUUGGGAAAAAGUCCAUUAUAUAGAGCUGUUUCGUCAGGGAAUGUUGAAGUAUGCAAGUAUUUAUUGGAGCACGGUGUGGACAUAACUCCGUUGAAUAUUACGCUCCCUACUCCGAUGAACGCUGCGGUAAUGACAAAGAAUAUAACAAUUACCAGGAUGCUAAUUGAGUAUGGCUAUCCGUUUAAUUUGAGAUGCCCUGGGUUCAAAGCAUUUAAGUCGCCGUUGCAUGUCGCAGCUGAAUUGCCUAACGAGAGGUUGAUCCACGACUUAUUGGAUUGGGGAGCGGAUCCGAAUUUGGACCAGAACACGGGAAACACGGCAUUACAUUAUGCAGCCGAGGGGGGUCAGUUGGAGUGUGCGAAGUUGAUGUUGAGGUAUGGGUGUGAGGUGGACGUUCAGAACUAUGCUAUGCAAUCUCCAUUGCAUUUGGCAUGUCACGAAAAUGAGUUGGAGAUAGUUGAAUAUUUGUUGUGCACAGGUUCGGACUUUUUGGACCUGGCUGAUGCUAAUAAUGAGACGCCGUUGGUCACAGCCAUCCAAACCCGUAACGACCGUGUGGCACUCAGGAUAAUUC